GCUGUUAGUCAGUUUCCCUAUACGACUUACCUGAAGGAUAUACCAAAACAUGAGCACCCCUACAGUCACCACGGCGGUCGGCGCCGACAACUUGACCAUUCCUCUCAUCGACUUCUCAGCCUUCCAGACAACUGAUCCUACCAUUCGUGAAGCUACUGCCAAAGCCAUCUUGUCGGGCUUCCAGACUGCAGGAUUCAUCUACAUUCGCAAUCACGGCAUUGACAAAGCUGCAGUGGAAGAGGCUUUCAAGUACAGUGCCGACUUCUUCAAGCGACCGGUCAGUCAAAAAGAGCAGCUGGCAUGGACGACACCAGAAGCCAAUCGUGGCUAUGUCCGUCAAGGUCGUGAAAAGACGACAGAUCUUGUAGAUCCCAGCGAGAUUGAGAAACAAAGAGCUUUGGAAGGAGCUGACCUGAAGGAGUCUCUCGAGAUUGGCCGUGAAGGUGUGGCAGGACUUGAGAACCAAUGGCCAGACAGAUUUGAUGAAGAUGGCAAAGUGUUCCGAGAGAAGAUGUUGAGCUUCUUUGAGGUUUGCAAGGAUCUCCAUGUGCAGGUCAUGCAAGCCAUUGCUGUCGGACUUGGGAUUGACGAGCACUGGUUUGACAAGUUCUGCAAUGCUGGCGACAAUACAUUGAGACUGCUACACUACCCGACGGUGAGCAGCAAAGUGUUUGCCGAGAACAAGAACAGUGUGCGAGCAGGAGCGCAUACAGACUAUGCAUUGACAGGGACAGGCUCCAUCACACUGCUCUUCCAAGACGCUCGCGGUGGGUUGCAAGUGCUGUCACCGAUGGGUACCUAUGUCAAUGCAACACCCAUCGCAGACACGAUUGUGGUCAACGCAGGCGAUCUUCUCGCAAGGUGGAGCAACGACACGAUCAAGAGUACCAAGCAUCGUGUGGUCGAACCACCUGUCAAAGAAGAUGCGGAUUUCCACCCAGCCAGAUACAGCAUGGCGUACUUCUGCAACCCCAACUUCGACAGGUUCAUUGAUGCGAUCCCGGGAACAUUUGACGAGGCCAAGCAGAAGAAGUACCAGGGAGUAAACAGUGGAGAUUAUCUCGUGCAGAGACUGACGGCGACGUAUUGAGUUGACAAGUAGACAGGGUUGACCACAGACAUGAAGAUGUGAAGACUGAUGAAUUCAAAUCGAUUGUUUCCAGAAUAGAGU